ACGACGUCACACGUGUAAGACUAGACACCUACGUGUACGAUUUGGUACAUAGCCACGAGACAUUCCAUUAACUUCUUCCCAUGCCGAAAAGAACUUCGCCUUUUGCUUCUUUCUUCUUUUUCUUCCUAGACAUUCUUCAUUGUUAUUAAUUAAAUUAAAUAAUAAUUCCUUUGUGAUUAUUCCAAAUCCAAUUAUGGCAUUUGGACUCAGGACUAAGAGCUUUGGGUUCAUAGAAGGAGAGGGUGAGUUUGUGGGUGCACUUCAAUGGUGGAACCAGAUUGAUGACUCAGAUCAAUGGCAGAGAGGCACUUACUAUGCCCUUUGUGCCGCUUAUACGUUGGUCUCCUUCGUUGCCCUGGUGCAACUGGUGCGAAUUCAAAUGAGGGUACCUGAAUAUGGGUGGACGACGCAGAAGGUUUUCCACUUGAUGAAUUUUGUUGUCAAUGGAUUGAGGGCUGUCCUUUUCGGUUUAUACAGAAAUGUUUUUGCAAUUAGACCAAAGGCACUAGAGCAGGUGCUAAUGGAGGUUCCCGGUCUUCUGUUUUUUUCUACUUAUGCAUUACUUGUCUUGUUCUGGGCUGAGAUAUAUCACCAGGCCAGAAGUGAACCGGCACAGAAACUUAGGCCAUCUUAUUUUAUCAUCAAUGGUUUUAUUUACUUGAUACAGGUCUGCCUCUGGAUUUACAUGAGUGUAAGCAGAACUGCAGCUGGUUUGGGAGCUGCAAAACUCUUCCUUGCAGUUAUAUCAUUCUUUGCUGCUCUUGGAUUUUUAUUGUAUGGUGGAAGGUUGUUUUUCUUGUUGAGACGCUUUCCCAUUGAAUCCAGAGGCCGUCAAAAGAAACUUUACGAGGUUGGGUCUGUUACAAGUAUUUGUUGCACUUGUUUCCUGAUAAGAUGUGCUUUGCUUGCAUUUUCUGCAUUUGAUGAGAAUGCAGAUCUUGAUGUCUUGGACCAUCCCAUUCUUAACCUAGUGUACUAUUUGUUGGUAGAGAUUGUUCCAUCAACGUUGGUGCUCUUCAUAUUGCGAAAGCUGCCCCCGAGACGAGUUUCUGAUCAGUACCACCCCAUUAGAUGAGUUGUGCAUUUUAAAUCCUCUCAGAAGCCAACAUUCUGUUCCUUUUUUUUUCCUUUUCAAUAGAUCUUCUUCAUCAGUCUGAGUUGGUGCAUAACUGUUCUGUAUAUCCAUAAUUUCAUUUAUUCAAUUAGUGCCGUUUAUUCUCUAAAA